UUAUCUCUUCCUUCCAGGUUCCAUUGCAAGCGGAAGGGGGGAGUGAUGCGCGAGGUGCAUUCGCAGAAUCGUUUGGUUGCCUUGGUAGCGGAACGCAUUGGAGACGAAGAAAGUCAUUUGGUUCUGUUGUGGAAAAAACAAACGGAUCCAGAACUCAAAUCUUGAUGGGGGAUUAUAAUUACGGCGUUACGACUACCGUAAGAACGUUGUCGCCGACUAUCGAUUACCAGCAGACGAGCGCCACGACGUCAUUAUUCUAUCCGGGAAGCGAAAUGCAAGAUGAGUUAUUGCUAGAAAAGAAUCAGAAACAGUUGAAUGAGAACAGCGAUGAGAAAAGCGAAGAGGUUGUGAAUGGACAAAACGAUAAGAAAGUGACUACCGAAACGUCGACAUCUGUUACCGCGUCUUCACCUUUGCAACAAUUCGGAUUUACGGAACCGUCAACUACAGCAUCAAAUUUCUGGUCGACGGAUGAUGCCUUCUUGCAGGGACUCCCUGUUCUUAAUGGACAAAUUCCCUUUCAGAAUAUAACGGCUAACUCUAUUUUAAAUACGAACUUGAGCAAUCAGAUUCUCCCUCAACCCCAGAGAAGGGCUAUAACAGGUGCACAUAAUUUCAGUCAAAAUAGGCAACCGAAUUUGUACAAAACAUACGCGAAUUGGAGUAAUCCGACGUGGACUACGUCUCAAACUCAAAAUACAUUAUCUGCUUGGAAUAAUCAGAAGAGGUCUGUGCCAAAUCUGAAUCCCAUUUCACCUUUAAAGAAAUCACCUCCAGCCAUAGGUCAGCCAUCAAUGUUAAUAUCACCGUCCAAAUUCCAAAGGAGUACAUCUUUACCUAUUGGAAAACCAUUUCCUCAUAAUAUCCCUUCUAAUACUGGAUAUGAUGUCACUAACUCAGAAGAUAUCAGGGAUGGAAAUGUUAUGUUACCAUAUCAGGAUAGGCAAUUAUCGAAUAGUUUGACUCCCAGCCCUUUGGAUACUCUACGCUUUCCAUUAGAACAACAACUAUUAGAUAUUAUGCGAGGUACAGCUGAAAAUCAAGAUCAUUACAAAGGUAAGUAUAGAAAUUAAAAUUGCUUAAUAUAAUUUUAUAUCUUCUUUAUUCAAAAGUAAUGGUUUUGUAUUUAUUUCAGUAUAAAUACAA